AUAACACAUAUCAAGCCCGUCUCUGUGUGUGCAAGAAGCGUUAUAUCCACCAAACCCCACCCCACGCCAGCACGCUCAUAUUAUUUGCUUCAUUCCAUCACCUUUUUAUUGCUUAAAGGUUUCAUAGGCGGUCCUCAAUAGGCAGGGGCUGAGCGUAGGCAAGCCGCCGAACGCCGCCCGAGCUUCAACUCGUUCCACCCUACCUGACGGGCCCUUAUUAGGCAGUGGCGCUGAAGAAUGCGUGUUGAGAAGUGCUGGUUCUGCUCGUCGUCCAUCUACCCUGGGCACGGCAUCACCUUUGUGCGCAACGAUGCCACGGUGUUUCGCUUCUGCCGCGGCAAGUGCCAUAAAAACUUCAAGAUGAAGCGUAACCCCCGCAAAGUGCGGUGGACGAAGUCCUACCGUAAGCUGGCCGGCAAGGAGCUAGCGGAGGACGCGACCUUUGAGAUGGAGAAGCGGCGGAACCGGCCCGAGAAGUACAACCGCGAGCUGGUCGGCAAGACGCUCAAGGCCAUCGGGAAGAUUUCCGAAAUCCGGCAAAAGCGCCAGGACCGCCACUACGAGAAGCGUAUGCUCAAGGCCAAGAAGCAGCAGCUCAAGGCCGACAAGCUGCAGCUGGAGAAGGAGGUGCACCUCAUCAAGGCGCCAGCGGGCAUCCGUGCCGAGAAGGAGAAGCUCAAGGAGCCGGUGCGCAAGCAGGCAGACGCCAUGGAGGAGUAAGCGGCUCCGGCCAUUUGUGGAGCGGCAGCAGCAGGUGCAGCGGCGUUGGUGCACGCCAACAGUGGCGGCGGCGGCGGCGGCGCCGGCCAGGGCAGCGGGGAUGUCGACGGUGGCAGAAGGGGUGGCUGCUGCGUGGUCGGCGGCUGGGAGGGUGCGUUGGCGCGGCUGCACCAGCCGCAGUGGUGGCUGCUGCACGUGUGUGGGCAGGCCGCAUGGGCCGGUCCGCAGCGGCGCCCUUGGCGCAUAGCCGUAGUGCGUACGCGGUCGACGUGUUUGGCGGCAAAGCAGCGCGAUGAUUGGGCGGCUUGCGCCUGGGCCUGUGGCCGCUGUUGUGGAUGGCACGGAGGUUGCCAACGUUAAUUUGGUUUGUAGCGCGCGCCUUGCCGUUCAAUCCUGGAGCGUGGGCCAGUCUUGCUGCUGCGAUUGGAGCUUCGGAUGGAGAUGCAAACGCGCGGCGCAAUAGCGCGAGUGCUGUGCGUAUGAGCAGACGAGUGUACAGAGGGGCAUGACACAUCAAGGGUGUCACGGUAAUCGUGUUGAUGGUAAAGCACGGUACGUGCGUCGGCAUGGCAGGAUAGAGUGCAUUGUACAGGCUUCGUGAAGGCCGAACAGUAGACGGGUUAGCGGUGCCGGUGAUGAGGCGCCUGGAUGCUCCCUGUUGCGUAUGGUGUGUCGCCCGGGGCUGCGGAAGGGCUGCUGUCGGGCAGGAGCGUAGCACCUGAGGACUGAAACGUGAUUCGUAGGUAGAAGUGAGCGUGCGUGUUUUGUGGAAUGGUAUCGUUUGUCAUGCCGCGCUUCACAUAACAAGGUGACACUGGCGAGGCUCAUAGAGGUGGUAGGGAGGGUGUCGAAGCUACGGACAGCUUGCGUGCAAGUAGGAAGGCGAAGCUGGGGCACAGCUCGCGUGAAAGAAGGAUACGCUGGGCCCUGAUGCGCCAGCACCGAAGGAGGUUGGACGAGUAGUGAUGACGCUGGCGCUUGGCUUUGUCUUGCGCGGUAUGCAUUUGCUAAGCUUGCGCGCUUGGCCGCCUUGUAAUGCUACGAAGGUGA